CAUUACGCAUUGCAGCAAAAACUGUGAACAGUUCUUUAAUUGUGUUUUCAUUACUCAUGUCAGCUUAACACCUUAUAAUUUUUUUUUAAAGCGUAACGGUUGGCAAGGAUCCUGUUCAUAAUGGCGUCCAUAAACGAAGAAGUACUUAAUUGUCUUUGUUUUUCUCUUCCAGUGAACUGGAAAUUCAAAGUUCACCGCGUAGCCUAAAUGAGAUAAAAAGGUCGGCACUGAAGAUUUUUUCCCCCUGGCAGCAAAUACCGUGUCAGAAGCGAGGUUAUUGGACAGUGUUGACGUCUACACUUUUAAAAGAUAACACGAUAAGCAGUAAUUAAAGAAAUAACUCUAGGCAACAAGAGAAGUUACUUUAACAAGGUUAUGCUACUUCAGCGUCGCGCUACACAUGUUUUGAGAGAUUUGGUGACUUAUUCAAAUUGCUCAAAAUUAAGCCAAUUUUUUUGGGCCUUGUCUUCAGGCGCCGCUCUGACUGGGCUCAUUCAAGAGCUCAUUCUUGAUAAUGAAUUGAAUAAACUUGGCACUUACUGCUGAAAUCCUUUCCAAAUUACACCCAUCCGUUGUGUGUUAUGCUCACAGCACAGAAACAAAUCAAUAACAUUCAAGAGAAGUUCAACAACGGGAAAUUGGCUCGAUACGCCAGACAGAUAAAUGAAGGCAUGCGAUGAGUACAAAUUCAAACAUGCGAAAAUCAUAGAGAUCGCUAUCAAUAACCUGCAAACGAUUAUGCACAACACCUUUGAUGUAUUGAAAUCGGGAGCAAACAAAGAACUCGCUAGACAAAUAAAGCAAAGAGAAAAAUACACAACUAUACACCACUUACAGAAUAACCCUCGUGGUAUAAAACAAUCGACAAAGCUUAACUUAAACUCAAUCUUCUACACCGAUAACUGGCUACAUACGAGCCAUUGACACACACAUACAAACUCUCACUAUGGGAUCGUGUUAUGUAAAUCGCUGUUGACAGCUUGACCUGUUUUGAGUAUGGCAGCGAUGAUAAAUGAUCAAGCAACCCAAAGGUAUGUUUGAAAUGAACCAGCUUCUGGUGAUAGGCAGUGAUUAAUGUCAUUCGGUCAUCGAUUAGUGUUCGCGUGCUCAACACUAUGCACCACAAGUAAUAUAUCACAGAAGCCUUCUUCUCCUCCCCCGAUCGUCGGCGGCGCCUGCGUGGCGAGAAAUUUGCGAGUCUUUGUGACGGAAGUGGGAAAAGUCCGUUGAAAAGCGACACACAUACGCUCAAUUGUCAUUAUAUAAGCCCAAGCUAGAACACUUAAGAUGCAGUGAAGUGGAAGUCGUAAUCGGGUUAAGGUUGACUUGACUAUAUUUUAGAAAAUCGUUUUGGCAUGUUUGACUCAAGGCAAGGUAAUUUGCGGCUGUCGAGUUCGCUCGCUUUUUUGCUCCUCAUUUCCUCUGUUGCUGGUGGCGGCGUGGCACCGGGAUUUAAAAUACAAGGGAGCCUGGCUUCGUGCACUGUUGAGAACGCAGUCAUUGAGCUACCAAUUUUGGCGGGAAAUCCAUGUUUUGUGUGCCGAUGCAAGAACAAAUCUGUGGAAUGUUCGCGCGAGGUCUGUCCAAGGACGAACGCAUGCAAGGGAACUCUGAAGAGAGAGAAAGGCAAAUGCUGUCCCGUUUGCAAUGAAAACCAAGGACCGGCUUCGUGUACACAUCAAGGGAGAACUUAUAAGCACAACGAUUCUUGGUUUGCAAAGGAAUGCAAAAUCUGCUUUUGCACAAAUGGAACUGUCUCAUGCCAGCUUCAAAAAUGCAGCCCAAAAAAUUCACUUAGAUGCCCGGAGGGCAAGGCACCAGGUCUGGUUCCAGGGGCUUGCUGCCUUCAAUGUGUAGAGAAGACUGGUGUUUGUACAUCGUAUGGAGACCCACAUUAUCGAACAUUCGAUGGUCAAAUGUUCAACUUUCAUGGCACUUGUCGAUACCAACUCACGUCAGACAACGCAAACUUUACCAUACGCAUGCGUAAUGAUCGGCGAUACACCAAAGUCUACGCUUGGUCCAAGGCCUUGGCGAUCCAUUUGGUUGACUCCUCGAUUGUUUUACAUAAGGACCUGCAAGUGAAAGUGAAUAAGUCGGAUGUGAAGCUACCAUACUAUCAUCUGCCUUAUUUUCAGAUAACGAAGGGUAGUUUUACCAUAACCCUUGUGUCCAACAUGGGAGUUCAGGUCCAGUGGGAUGGUAAGGGUUUCAUUGAGAUAAGAGUGCCGAAGAGUCUUAUGGGUAAAGUCGACGGGCUGUGUGGGAAUUUCAACGGUAACUCAAAAGACGACUUUAAUCUGAAAAACGGCAGGCGCGCUACGUCCGCUCAAGAAUUUGGAGAAAGUUGGUCAUUGGGUCGAAGAAAUCACGGGUGCAAGAAAGCCCCUUCAGAACCAGUGAAGUCAACGAUGUCACAAUGUCGUUUGCGGAGACUCAUUAGUGGUCGUAAACGAUGCUCUGUUAUCAAGAAGCAGUUUGCAAACUGUCACGGAAAGGUGAAGCCGGACGCAUAUUACUCGUCGUGCGUUUCGGCGGUCUGUCAGUGUACAGGAAGGCGGUGCGAAUGUGACGCUGUUCUGGCUUACAAAAACAAGUGUAAAAGCGAAGGAAUCACAGUGAACUGGGGCAGGAAUUGGAAAACUUAUUGUGGAGUCUCUUGCGCUGUCAAAGGCGCCGUCUUUGAUGACUGUGCUCCUGCCUGUCAGCGGACGUGCGACAACAAGGAUGACGUAAGUGUUCCGUGUCCCAGCAGCUCUUGCGUGCCUGGUUGUCUGUGUCCGGUGGGAACUGUAUGGAACAGUCAAAGGACAAAAUGUAUUCAUCCGGAGAAAUGCCCUCCACAGCUGUCGUCCAUUCAGGGUAAACUACGAAGAGCGGCUGUGAGUUUGAAGAGGAGUCACAAGUGGAUGAUCAGACAACUGAAGAAUAACGAUGGAAGAUAAAGAUAGUUUUAGCCGACAACAUUUGCAUUCAAUAACUCAUAUAUGAACCAGCUGGUCAGUACUUCGAUGAAACACGUGUAUGCGCGCGCAUAGUCGCAAGGAUUCGUCCAAUUCAUAUGACAGGAGAGAAAGGAGAGAUGGACGGUUUCCAUUGACUGCUCAGCAGCAACAAUAACUUUACAAAUUACACCCAUGGACUGUGAAGCUAUCAACGAGACCAUACAUAUGUAACGAAGUCUAUGGUUUCACAAAUAGUUUUAAUCUUACACAUCGCUAUCAGUUGCGUAGCAUUAGUCAUCACACGCGCGUAUCGAACUAAUAUAUAUUUUUUAUCUCAAAGGAUAUAUAUUUUCUCACCGAAACCUGAGUGGUGGAUAUCAAAUCAUCCAUAGAAGAACUCCCUUUAGAACUACCCCUCCCCCUAACUCAACAUUAACCCUAACUUGUUACACUUGACUGUUGUUCAGUUAGGGGAGGGGUAGGUGCGAAGUUUCUUUGAUACUGACAUUGCUUAAUGUUGACAUUCGAAACCUCGUCAUAUCUGUAAUAAUCCUAUAAAUGACAACGUAUAUUAUUUAUGAAUCUUUAAAUUGUCUUACUCAUCUGUUGCAUCAGGAACCAAUAACUAUUAACCCGUGGUCUCAAAGAAUACCUUACAAAUAUUUUUACCAAAUAAGACUGAAAUUUUCCUUAGACUUUUAACAGUGUCAUGUAAGCAUUUGCCCUGGUUUCAACUAAAGUACAACCCAAAAUUUGAAUGUAAUUUUUAGUGAAAAGUUUACCACAUAAAAUUUUUUCCACUUAUUAAGGAACCAAGCCUUAUACUAAAGAAAGGCUGGGGUCAUUUCAAAAGGGAUCACAAUAUGAAAUCACUUGGAAAACCUUGUCAUUAUAUCCUCUUAAAACUGGAAUUAAGAUCGAUGGUAUUUAAUUCUUAGUUUAAAAACUGUAAAGGGUUGAUUUCAUACCUAUUUGAUGAUUCCAUGUAAAAAAAAAUUGUAAUUGAAUUGUAUAAACGUCCAAUUUUACGUGUAACGCUCUUUUCUCAGGAAGUGAAGUUUAGCAUAGGAGUUACGUUUCUACCUCUUUACGUUUCGUGGUGUCCAUGUCUUAAUUAACUGAAAAGGCAUUUAAUUUAACACACUCACGAGGCCAUACAAACUGACGACUACGUAAAAUAGGUGAAUUAAUUCACCGUAGUAAGUUUUGAUCAUGACCGGUUUUUUUAGCAAACAAGGUAAUAAAGUUUCGCUAAUAAAACGAGAGCGCUUUUCAAUUGAA